AUGGAUUCUAUUACUUCAGGAGUUUGUUGUAGAAAAAAGGGAGUGGAAAAUGGAGUUACUGAUCACCUAUCUAGGAUGCGAGUUGAAGACAUACUCUCCAUCAAUGACUCUAUGCCUGAAGAACAGCUUAUGGCAAUCAUGGUUUUGAAAGAAGGUUUUGAUGAGAAGGUCAGGCUAGAAGAAGUUAAGGCUUUGCGAGACGAAAACCUACCUUGGUAUGCUGAUAUAGUGAACUUCAUGGUGGCUGGAGAGGUUCCCAAUGACUUUGAUGCUUACAAAAGGAAGAAGUUCUUCAAAGAUGUUAGGCACUACUAUUGGGAUGAGCCUUACUUGUACAAGAGAGGACCUGAUAGCAUUUACAGAAGAUGCAUAGCUGAAGAAGAUGUACAAGGAGUUCUAGAGCAUUGCCAUGGGUCUGCUUAUGGAGGUCACUUUGCCACAUUCAAAACCGCGACUAAGGUCUUACAAGCUGGACUAUGGUGGCCUACUUUUUCAAGGAUGCAGCAAGCUUCAUCGCUAAGUGUGAUCCAUGCCAAAGAAAAGGAGGGAUCACCAAGGGUAGACAUUACAACGGGUAGAAAGAGGGUUCAGAGGUCACAGAGGGUACAAGAGGAACCUGAGGUGCUUGUUGCUGAUACAAUGGAUGUACCAGAGGGGAAUGGAAACCCUUUGGGCAAUGGACUCGGUCGAGCUAGGCAAACUCGACCGAUUGGUCAAGGAGAUGCUCCAAACCGCCACCAACAGAGACAAGGGAUUGUUCCACCACCAGUGCAGAACCACAACUUUGAGAUCAAGCUGGGAAUGAUCAACCUUGUCCAGAACAAGAUGUUCCAUGGAUUGCCAAGUGAAGACCCCAUUGACCACCUUGAUGAGUUUGAUAGGCUUUGUGAUUUGACAAAGAUCAAUGGUGUCUCUGAAGAUGCCAUCAAGCUGAGACUCUUUCCUAUGUCUCUAGCUGACAAAGCUCACCAAUGGGAGAAGAGCUUGCCCCAUGGCACAAUCACCACUUGGGAUGAAUGCAAGAAGGCCUUUCUUGCUAAGUUUUUCUCCACCGGUCGCACAGCCAAGCUUAGAGGAGAGAUAUCCAGCUUCAUCCAGCGAAACAAUGAGACAUUCGCAGAGGCUUGGGAGAGGUUCAAAGGCUACACAAGUCAGUGCCCACACCAUGGAUUCAACAAUGAAUCACUACUCUCCACUCUUUAUAGAGGAUGCUUGCCUAGGUAUAGGGAGAUGCUAGACACAGCUAGCAAUGGGAACUUCCUCAACCAGGAUGUAGAUGAUGGCUGGCAACUUGUGGAGAACAUGGCCAUAUCAACAGAAUGCUAUGGAGAGCACUAUGAAAGUACAGACUGGAGCUCGACCGCGCACUCGAUCGAGCUGGACGCUCAGAUGAGAAAAGACAUGCUUGCACUCAACUCGAAGUUGGACAAACUGAUCCUAGCCCAAUUCCCUGCCAAGCAUGUCAACUAUGUCUCAGAACAAACCUUAGUCAAGGACCAGGAAGGGGAGGAGACAACACAAGAGGUUUGCUACAUUCAAAAUAGACAAGGAAGCUAUAGGAAUCCUCAACAAGGGAGAUACAACAAUUAUCAAGCCCCCUGGCCGCACCAACAACAAAGUGUUCCACAAGGCUUCAACACAAGGACUACUCAUACCCAACCAACUCAAGAUUGGGAUAUGAAGGAAAUGCUCCAACAACUUUUACAAGGGCAAGCCAAAGGUUCUCUGGAAAUGAACAACAAGCUGGUUGAGAUACACUCUAAACUAGAGUCAUUGACUUCAAGAGUCCAAAUCAUUGAGUCUUCAAGUGCAUCAUCCUCUUCACCACAAGAAGCUCGAUCGAGCUCAGAAGAAGCAGACAAAGCAAACUCCAGCCAACCAGCUAAACCUGUUGCAAAGAAGAAAGACACUCCAGCAGGACCACCACCAUACAAGCCCCCUCUGCCCUUUCCAGGAAGGUUCAAGAAACAACUGUUGGAAGCACACAAGGCCAAGUUUGAUGAACUAAUGAGACAGCUUGAGUUGAAGUUGCCCUUCAUCGACGCCUUGAUGCUCAUUCCACCUUAUCAGAAAUUUCUGAAGGAUGCUGUUCAGCAAAGAACCAGGGAAGCACAAGGGAUGGUAGUGUUGACUCGCGAGUGCAGUGCAAUCAUUCAGCGGAAGGUCAUCUCCGACAAAAAGGAAGAUCCGGGGAGUUUCACUUUGCCCUGCAUGUUGGGACCCCUAUCUUUCAAAAACAGUCUCUGCGAUCUAGGAUCAUCUGUCAGCCUCAUGCCUUUGUCUGUAGCAAAGAGACUGGGAUAUCACAAGUACCAAGCCUGCGGAAUCUCACUAGUCUUGGCAGAUAGAUCGAUAAGGUUACCAACUGGGAUGCUUGAAGACCUGCCUUUGAGGAUAGGGAAUGUGGAAAUCCCCACAGACUUCAUUGUGCUUGAGAUGGAUGAGGAACCAACAGAUCCAUUGAUUCUAGGAAGGCCAUUCCUAGCUACAGCAAGAGCAAUGAUAGAUGUCUGUGAAGGAACAAUUGAGUUAAACUUGGGAAAGGACCUGAAGAUGAAGUUUGAUAUCAAGGAUACAAUGAGGAAACCAACUAUAGAAGAGGGAUAUGUGAGCUCAGAAACUGAUGAGUACAAGAAGCUCCUUGACACCUUCAGACCAGUUCCAAACAUUCUGAGCAUUGAGGGAUUGGACAGGCCAGUUUGCGAAGUCAUGGCAGUGAGCUCGAUCAAGAACUCGAUCGAGUCGAGUUUCGAACAAACGAACUCGAUCGAGCUGGGGCUGAAGCAAGGAGCAAGCUCAAGGAGAUUGUUGAGUGCUUUGCUUGUUGAAUUGAGAAAGUACAGAAAGGCAAUAGGUUACACUCUAGAUGAUAUCAAGGGGAUCUCCCCUGACCUAUGCAUCCAUAGGAUUCAUCUAGAGGAUGAAAGUAAGUCAAGCAUUGAACCUCAGAGAAGAUUGAACCCCAAUCUAAAGGAAGUAGUGAAGAAAGAGAUACUCAAGUUGCUUGAUGCUGGGAUAAUCUAUCCCAUCAGUGAUAGCACUUGGAUAUCUCCAGUUCAUUGCGUCCCAAAGAAAGGGGGGAUCACUGUCAUUAAAAACGACAAAGAGGAGCUGAUUCCCACUAGAACAAUAGUGGGGCAUCGCAUGUGUAUUGACUAUAGGAAGCUAAAUUCAGCAUCUAGAAAGGAUCAUUUCCCUCUCCCUUUCAUUGAUCAGAUGUUAGAAAGAUUGGCAAACCACCCUUUUUAUUGUUUUCUUGAUGGCUACAGUGGUUUCUUCCAAAUCCCGAUCCACCCUAAUGAUCAGGAGAAGACCACUUUCACAUGCCCUUAUGGCACCUUUGCUUAUCGAAGGAUGCCAUUUGGGCUGUGCAAUGCUCCAGCUACUUUCCAGAGGUGCAUGACCUCCAUUUUUUCAGAUCUGAUAGAGGAGAUGGUAGAAGUCUUCAUGGACGAUUUCUCAGUCUAUGGAGCAUCCUUCUCCUCAUGUUUGUCUAACUUGUGCAGGGUGUUGCAGAGGUGUGAGGAGACCAAUCUAGUACUCAACUGGGAGAAGUGCCACUUCAUGGUUCGAGAAGGGAUUGUGCUUGGACACAAGAUUUCCGAGAAAGGGAUCGAGCUCGAUCGAGCUAAGGUGGAUGUCAUGUUGCAGCUCCCUGUUCCCAAGACUGUGAAGGACAUAAGGAGUUUUCUGGGUCAUGCAGGGUUCUACAGAAGAUUCAUCAAGGAUUUCUCAAAGAUAGCAAGACCCUUGACAAGGCUUCUGUGCAAGGAGACAGAUUUUGAGUUUGAUGAAGAAUGCCACAAGUCUUGGACCUUGCUGAAGGAUGCUCUGGUAUCUGCGCCAAUAGUACAAGCUCCAAACUGGGAUCACCCAUUUGAGAUUAUGUGUGAUGCAUCUGACUAUGCAGUAGGAGCAGUGCUUGGCCAAAAGAUAGACAAGAAACUCAAUGUCAUCUACUAUGCAAGCAAGACUAUGGAUGAUGCUCAGUGCAAGUAUGCAACCACAGAGAAGGAGCUCCUUGCCAUAGUCUUUGCCUUUGAGAAGUUUCGAAGCUAUAUAGUUGGAUCCAAGGUGAUUGUGCACACUGACCAUGCUGCCCUUAGACACAUCUUCGCUAAGAAAGAUACAAAGCCAAGACUUCUCAGAUGGAUCCUUUUGCUUCAAGAGUUUGAUAUAGAAGUUGUGGACAAAAAGGGAGUAGAAAAUGGAGUUGCUGAUCAUCUCUCUAGGAUGCGAGUUGAAGACAUGAUCCCCAUCAAUGAUUCUAUGCCUGAAGAACAGCUUAUGGCAAUCAUGAUCUUGAAGGAGAGUUUUGAUGAGAAAGCCAGGCUGGAAGAAGUUAAGGCUCUGCGUGAUGAGAAUUUGCCAUGGUAUGCUGAUAUAGUGAACUUCAUGGUGUCCGGAGAAGUCCCUAGUAGCUUUGAUGCUUACAAGAGGAAGAAAUUCUUCAAGGAUGCUAGGCAUUACUAUUGGGAUGAGCCCCUGUACAAGAGAGGACCAGACAGCAUUUACAGGAGAUGCAUUGCUGAAGAGGAUGUGCAAGGAGUUCUAGAGCAUUGCCAUGGGUCAGCUUAUGGAGGUCACUUUGCUACAUUCAAAACAGCAACUAAGGUUUUGCAAUCUGGUUUAUGGUGGCCUACUUUGUUUAAGGAUGCAGCAGACUACAUUGCCAAGUGUGAUCCGUGCCAAAGGAAAGGAGGGAUCACCAAGAGGGACGAGAUGCCACUAAACCCAAUUCUAGAGGUUGAGAUCUUUGAUGUAUGGGGAAUAGACUUCAUGGGACCUUUCAAACCUUCUUCAAACGGGCACAACUACAUUUUGGUUGCUGUAGACUAUGUAUCCAAAUGGAUUGAAGCCAUUCCCUGCCCAACCUGUGACGCCAAGGUGGUUGUCAAGCUUUUCAGAACCAUCAUCUUUCCAAGGUUCGGCAUCCCAAGGGUUGUUAUUUCGGAUGGAGGCUCCCAUUUCAUCAACAAGGUGUUUGAAAAGUUGAUGAGAAGCCAUGGAGUCAAACACAAGGUCGCCACACCUUAUCACCCUCAAACCAGUGGGCAAGUUGAAGUCUCCAACAGACAGAUCAAGGCCAUAUUGGAGAAGACUGUGAGCUUCACUAGGAAAGACUGGGCAGCAAGGCUUGAUGAGGCACUUUGGGCUUAUAGAACAGCCUACAAAACCCCCAUUGGAAGGUCUCCUUUCAAUUUGCUGUAUGGGAAGGACUGCCACUUACCUGUGGAGGUCGAAUAUAAGGCUUUAUGGGCAGUAAAGAUGCUGAACUUUGAUAUAAAGGCAGCACAAGAAAGGAGGGUAAUGAACUUGUUUGAGCUGGAGGAGAUAAGAAUGAAUGCCUAUGAGAACUCUAGGAUUUACAAGAUGAGAACCAAGGCAGCCCACGACAAACUGAUUCGCCUUAAGGACUUCAAGGUUGGGGACAGUGUGCUCUUGUAUAACUCCAAGCUAAGGUUGUUUCCCGGGAAGCUGAGGUCAAAGUGGGCGGGACCAUUCAAGAUUCACGAAGUUCUACCCUAUGGGUCCCUCACUUUACUCAAUCAAGAGGGGAAGGAAUUCACAGUGAAUGGACAUAGAUGCAAGCCAUAUCUAGGAAUGACCCCCACAGAGGAGAUCAUCACUCCUCUAGAAGAUCCAACCCCGGCCUAA